AUGGCGCCGACCCAAGACCAGCGGUACGAUCCCGUCCCGCCAAUACCGACCUACGAUGAAGCCGUCGCGGGCGGCAGCGCCUGGCACCACGAUGUCGCCGACUCCCCCACCGACCAGCACCACCCCGACCCCGACCACCGACACACGACUGAAGCCGAAGCCGAAGGCCAAUCGCUGCUAACGCGGUCCCGACACGCCUUCGAAUCCUCCUCCUCCACCACCACCCCGACCCCCACAACAGCGCCGGGUGGUGCCCGCCGCCCACCCCGCGGCUACCGGCCCCCGACGGUCGAGACAGACGACGAGAGCAACCUCUUCAGCUCGGACUCGGACUCGGACUCCGACGCCGAGCGCGAGGCUGAGCACGUGCGCCGCGAGAUGCAGGAGCUCGAGAUCGACGACUCGCGCGUCCACGGCGGCGGUCGGGGUCGUUCCUCCUGGGGCAAGCGCAUCGGCCUGGCUCUGCCCCAGUGGCGCUGGCGGUGGAGGUGGCGAUUGCCGGCGCUGCGGCGGCCGGGGGCUGCUGGUGGGAGUGCUGGUGGGAGUGGGAGUGGAGGUGGAGGGGAUGGUGGUGCACCGGCGCCGGAGGAGGGGCCGCGGGCGUCGUGGGCGGCGUCGUGGUUGGCGCGCGCGCCCGCGUUGCCAAAGUUUGGGAGCCCCGCCCUGUUGCUGCUCGUUGCUAGGACGCUGGCGGUGUUUGUGGUGUUGGGUCUGCUGUACUUGGUCUUCUCGAGCGACAUGUUCAACAACAUGGCCCGUAGGAUGGGCAGCCAGAUGUACGACCCCGAGAGCGUGCGCAACCAUGUGCAGGGCAGCAUCGACGCGAGGAAGAUACGCGACCACCUGAGGCACUUCACGGGCUACGCGCAUGUGGCCGGGACGGCUGGGGAUUUUGCGUUGAUGGAGGAUACCGAGAUGCUGUUUCGGAAGUAUGGGCUGGAAGAUGUCAGGCGGGAUGUCUACCAUGUUUAUCUGAAUUACCCCAAGGAUGGGGGCAGGGCAGUGGAGGUUUUGGGCAAGGGCGGCAAAGUGACGUGGUCCGCGAAGUGGGAAGGGGAGGGGGUCGGAGGCGUUCGGCGCCCCACUCCUGCGUUUCACGGACAUUCGAAAUCGGGGGAUGUCAAAGGGCGGUUGAUAUACGCGCACUACGGGUUGAGGGAAGACUUUCAGUUGCUCAAGGACCGUGGCAUCAACUUGAACGGAGCUAUUGUGUUGGUCCGGCAUUAUGGGCCGCAACACGACAUCGCGUUGAAGGUCAAGGCGGCCGAGGAGGCUGGCGCUGUGGGCUGCAUUACAUACAGCGACCCCGCGGAUGACGGCUCUCUAAAGGGGACGGCGGUAUCUGGGGAUCGGUCCCUGCCGAUCGAUGGCGUGCAGAAUGGGACCGUGAGCUUGCUGAGCUGGGUUGUUGGAGACGUUCUGACGCCUGGUUGGGGCAGCAAAGAUAAUCUGCCACGCAUGAAGUUGGACCAGACGAAAGGCCUUGUCAAAAUCCCCAGCCUUCCCCUGACAUGGCGCGAUGCACAGGCCCUGCUCCAGCGCCUCAAAGGGUCCGGUCAGCGGGUUCCCGAACAGUGGAUCGGGGAUGUCCCUGAUGUGAGCGAGUGGUGGACUGGGGACAGCUCCUCGCCCAUUGUACGGCUGAAGAACGUGCAGGAUGAGGUUGAAAAGCAGCCAAUCUGGAACGUGUACGGCAGGAUCACAGGUAUUGAGCAGGGUGAGAAGAAGGUCAUCAUCGGCAACCACCGCGAUUCCUGGGCGUUCCCCGCGGUUGGCCCCCACUCGGGAACCGCCAUCAUGUUGGAAGUUGUCCGCAUCCUGGGUGACCUCGUUGGCCGCGGCUGGCGCCCUCUACGCACCAUCGAAUUCGCGUCGUGGGAUGCCCAAGAGUACAACUUGAUAGGGUCAACAGAGUACGUUGAGCAAAACGACGAAGCGCUGCGCCGAGACGCCCUCGCCUACAUCAACCUCGACAAGGCCGUCUCCGGUGACACUUUCCACGCCGCUGGGUCGCCCGUCUUCCGCAAGCUCCUCCUCCAAAUCCUGAAUCGCGUCGCCGACCCCCAUUUCAACAGCACCCUGCGGGAACGCUGGGACCGGCGCAAGGGCGAGAUUGAAGGCCUUGGCACCGACUCCGAUUACGUCCCUUUCCAAAGCAUCGCCGGUACUUCAUCCCUCGAUAUCCAUUUCGGCGGCGACAAGUCCUCUCAUCGCUCCAUCCACCAGAACUUCCAUUGGAUGGACAACGUCGGCGACCCCGGUUUCAUCUACCACGACCUCCUCGGCCAGGUGCUGGGCCUGCUGAUUCUGGAGCUGUCCAACCGCCCCAUCCUGCCCUUUGAUAUUCCCGCGUACGCCAACAACCUUGUCCGCUGGACCCGAGAACUUGAGUCCUGGGCUGGCCUCCGAAAAGGCAAAGCCCCGUCUUUCGAAAAGCUCAAGCUCGCGGUCAAGGAGGUGAUAGAAUCAGUCCGCGAGUUCAUCAAAUGGGAGGCCAAUUGGGAGCACAGUGUGCUUGCAUCGAGCGGGUGGGAGCCGUCGGGUCUGGGCAGCCGGCGGUGCGAUUACAACGCGCGCAUGGGCAAGUUUGAGACAGAUUUAUUAGACCUCGCAGGGAUACCCGGCCGCACGCAGUUCAAGCACGUCGUGUUCGGCCCGCAGGCCUGGUCCCGUGACCCCGAAACCUACUUCCCCUCUAUCCGGGACGCCAUCAUCUCCGGCAACGUGACAGAGGCACAGUUGACCGUGGACGGCGUCGCUGCCAUUUUGACACAGGCGGCUGUUAACCUGGAGAAAUGA